ACAGCACGAUCAAGUACGACGGAACACGAAGCGCACACGCAUACACCGAACUCAGCCAGCUAGCUCGCGAUCGCCUGGAUCGGUUUUAUAUUAUUUUAUUUUCGUAAUUUUAUUAUAUCGACAGUGGUCAGCUGGAGCCAUAUGUAGAACGUUCCUCGUGCAAGCGCCAAGAGAGUUUUGUUGGUAGACGCGAAUCCUACACGCAGCAAGUCGUUUUCGUGCUUCGCGCGCAGAGUUUUUUCAGAGUUGUGCGAUCGCGGCGGCAACGAACGAACGUUCGAAAAAAAAGUAAAACAAAACACCUCAGCUGGAGUCAGUUUUUUUGGAGACGGAUCGUCCCCGGGUGACAGCCGAAAUUUGAAGGACGUCGUUUGUCCAGAAGGAGCGGCCGGUUGAUAAAAUCGGUGACGGGAACGUGUUCGAAUUACGAGAAAAAAAAAGGUUUUUGUCGAAGUCGGAUCGAUUUUGGACCUCGACCGGUGAAUUACAUCAGAAAAGCAACAAGUGGCACGUUGUUUCUGUGGAAAACAAACAAAGUCUGUGUUUUAACAGUUGAUGUUGUGAGUUAAGUGAUGUCUUAAAACGGAGAAUUUGAUUGUUCAGUGGAUGAUUGAAAACCUUGAAAAACCCUAAAAAAAGUGUAACUGUUUCUCGCUAAUUUGCAACAUUGUAGAACCUUGUGCCAAACGCAACCUGUAGAUUAGCAGAAGUUCAACUAACUGUCAAGUCAAGUAGUGCAACAGAAAAAGUCUUGUCUCGUCUUAGAGAUCCCAGAUCAGCCAAUCAGUGGCUGUUUGCAAAAUCCUGGGCGCGUAGUUCGAUAGAACGCAGUCUGACACAAUUGCAAACCCCAACAAAUUAUCCGUCUAAAAGCUACCGUUUUGGUACGAUCAAAAUCGAGACUCAGCGUCCGUCCCCCCAUCGAAGUUGAAAUCUACCGCGCGAGGCGGUGAACAGAAACGACGACGACCAAAUUAAAAGAUAAAAAUAAUCUCGAAAAGGGGAUCAAAACAUUAGAAAAGUCCCAAAAAAAGAAGCAGCUAGCGGCAGCAGAAUCUAGGCCGGUGAGCAGAAACGCAACCUGGAGGAAGGCGAAAGCGAAGAACGGGUAGUUGGAGUGUAAAAUUUAUACCAAAACGUCGGCAGCGUGUUUUUCGACGUUUGCCGUUUCCUGGUGUGGUUUUUUUUGGGAGCAGCAAAACAACGUGGGACUACGAGGGAGUCAUCAACCAGCGCACGCAUCGGACUACGCUUCGUUCGGAUCGAGUGAGUGACCCUUCGAAGGAAGAUAAACAGCGUGCUGAAGCAGGGAAGAAGCUGUUGCAUAUCAGAAGCUGUCGUGUACCGGUAGCAACAACGAGAGUUCAUCCAUCUGUCAAAACACCCAACCCAAACACCCCAUAAGUGAGAGAGCGUGAGUGACCCCCGGCACCAUACCAAAAUACAAGAAUUCCUCAGUUUGCUCGGGCUAGCGUGUUUUGCGGUUGCGAAUUUUCCCGGCUCGUGGAAAUUCGGUAAGAACGCGGGUGCCAGUGAAAGUGAAAAACACCGAAAAAUAUACACCAGACACGGCCCUUUUCCCAUUAAACUUGUCCGGAAGUUUGAGUGUGUCCCACCGCAAAAUCUGUGUGCUACGUAGUGCGAUUCCCCCAAGAAGUGCAAAGUGCUCUAGAACCCGAGGUUCCCGUUGAACCUGUCGCCGCGAAACCGCGAGUGUGAAUCUUCCUCUGGUUCCGGUUCCGAUAAAAGCCGCAAAAAUUUGGGAAAUAAUGGAUCCGAAUGCGGCGCGUGACUCGCGCUACAAUCUGAACUACAGCAUGAGUAUGAUGAGCGAAACGCCGGAAAUUUACGGUAAUCCGAACGUUUCGCUGGCUCGACCCCCGAGCGGCGGGCUGGUCGGUCAGGUCAUGUCCCGCGGGGGCAGCCUGAUGAGUGCCGGUAACGGGCCACAGUGCGGUUCUGGUGGCGGUGGAGGCGGCGGCGGAGGUGGUGGUGGCGGUCUAUCACGCGGUAUCAAACGCACCAACUCGGACUGUUACGACGAUGGCCGGCAGCUGGUCGGGUCCCAGGGACUGACCGGCCUCGAAGGUUGCCAAGUGGGGUCCGAUGUGGUAGACGAAAGCUACACCUCGUUGCAGCCGAAGAAAUCGCCACCGAGCAAUGGGAAGAAAACCAAGGGCCGUGUCAAGAUUAAGAUGGAAUACAUCGAUAAUAAGUUGCGACGGUACACGACCUUCUCGAAACGCAAAACCGGAAUCAUGAAAAAGGCCUACGAGUUAUCGACUCUGACCGGUACCCAGGUGAUGCUGCUGGUGGCCUCCGAGACCGGUCACGUGUACACGUUCGCAACGCGGAAGCUGCAACCGAUGAUCACAUCGGAAGCGGGUAAAGCCCUGAUCCAGACCUGCCUGAACUCGCCGGAUCCGCCCAAUGGGCCGACCGGAGAUCAGCGGAUGUCUGCGACCGGGUUCGAGGAAACGGAACUCAGCUACAACAUCGGGGACGAAGAUUCAAAAGUAAGACAGCUAGUCUAUGGGCACGGGCACCACGGGCAUGCUCAUCUGGCUGCGCAUCCCCAGGCCGGGCACUACGGCCUGGAUCAGAGCCUGAUGCAGCAACCCUACCCGACCCAGGGAUCGCCACUGUCCCAUGCGCAAAGCUACCCGCCUCAUUCGGGCCAUUCGCACCAUUCACACAUCCCGCAUCACUCCCACACUGCCCACAUGACGCACGCCCAUGCGCAGCGGUAGUUUCGUUUUUAAGUUUCGCGGGAAUUCUGCUUUUGCUUUACUGUAUCUCUCCCUUCGAGUGGGCAUCAUUAGAAGUUUUUGUUUUGUAAUAUUAAUUUAAGAUGUUGAAAUUUUAAUUCGAGAAGACGCGAGACAGCUUCGUUUCGCGGGUCACUUGUGAGGCGCGCGUUUUUUUUUCUUCUUUAUUGUUAUGAUAAUUAAUAUAAGCGUACCCACACGGCUGGCUUCAUUCGGAACAGCUGAUGAAUUCGGUGUCCAUUCCAAAGACUUCUGAAGAAACACGUAUAAAAGCUUAGAGGUUUAGCGCGUAAACUCUGGUUCAGAGAGUAAAUCUUUUUUUUUCUGAUCUAGACUUGAUCAGAGCGUAGCAUUAUUAAAAAAAUUAUUUAGUAAUUGGUCAAUGAUCUAUUAACAAAUGCAUACAGAUCAUACAAAGUUAAAGGGUCGAACAAUAACUUUGUGGAGGAAAGAAUCAAGUAAAUCAUUAAAUUUUUCUGCUUUUUCUGUUACUUUUAAAAAGUCAAUUUUAUUUGAAAUUUGGUAAAAACUCUAGAAAAACCCUAUUUAGUUAUGAAAUUACGAAAAAUGAGAACGUACAAUACAAGAUUGCGAAGGGGUGAUUACAAUUGCACAUCAAGCUUUAUAGAAUAAUAGGAAUAGUUAAACUAUUCAGGAAUCUUCGUCAGAUGAACAGACAAUUUAAUUCGAAGUUGUAUGCAAAACAAACAUAAAGUUUUAAAUCAAUAACAUAGAAUCCAGUUAUGAGAAGUGCUCAAAUCAUACAUAAACUAAAACAAGUUUUUGAAUGGAAAAUUAUUUAAACUUCCGGUUUCAUUUAAAGCUUUAAUAUUUUCGCUUUUUUGCCAAUCUUUGGACAGUAAAAAAGGAACUUUCGGAACCUACAUCGAAGAUUGUUAUUUGAUUACCAUCAAUUAGCCGUCACCACACAUAAAAGUAGGUACGGUACAACACUUGUACCUUUUUUUACUUAUUCAAUAAUCCUCCGCAAACCAAAAUCCCAUCCGAAGCGCUACGCAAUUAACGAAUGAAAACUGUUAAAGAUGACGGAAGAUAAAAUUUUGUUGUUGUAACAACCUUGAGCCAAUAUUUACUGUCUACUUGAAGAAAGAAACAAGAAAGUACAACGAAUAUCCAUCGUUGACUUACGAGCGAUCACUUGCUAAGAAACUUUAAAUUUUAUUGAAUUUUGUUGCAACAAUACAGCAAAACUGAAAAUUUGUUUGUUCGAAAAAAAAAAACUUUUAUUAAUGAGGCUUUUUAUGACAUCAUUGACACUGUCAAUCAAAUUUAUGAGCAAUUGUGAAAGUAAAAAUUAUUUUGUGUGGAUUCGUCUCUUUACUCUAAUCCGCUUUUGAGUAUACAUUUGACAUUAUUGGAAGUUGGGCGGCUUGUAACUUUAUUCUGAUGAAUCCAAAUGAAACAAAUUCUUCAAUCAAUUCUUGAAAUCUUUAAUUUUACAUCUUUUUUUAUGGACGCAUCCUGAAAGCCCAGGAAAAAACUCCCUAAUUUGACAAUCAUCGCGUAAAAAUUCGAUAUUUGUCUUGUUUCUCGAUCUAUUUUUACAAAAUUUGAAGUUGUGGAUACUUCGUAAUGUAACUCAUAUAUGUUGUUCCUCAUACAAUAUUCAGUACAAACACUUCAGUUUUCCGUUAUUAAAAGUUUAAGAAAUAAAAAAUCCGAAAAAAAACAUGCUUCGGAAAGAGACUGUAGAUCAGCUACGGAAUUCUCAAAAAUAAAUUCAUUUAGUGCCCAAGAAAGCUGAAGUUAGAGUUUUUGUAAAAUACCGCAGCGUAAGUUUUAUUUAAGACAACUAGAAUCGGCAUGAAAUAAUUUUUCUGGUAAAUAUAAUUUUUUUUACGGAAAUCUUGCGUUAAUAUGCUCAAAAUCCAGUGCAAUGUUGAAUUUAAGAACAAGAAAAUUUGAGAAAUUGCAAAUUGAUAAAAAGUUGGAAAACCAGCUACCUUCGAUAUUUCGUCUUAAAUUCUGUAUUAUGUUUUUUGAAAAUCUAAAAAAAAAACAAUUUGCCAAAUAAUGUAAACUUUUCAAUCCUCUUUUCAAAUUUUAUCUGGUUUGACCUGAACAAUG